CUGUCCGAGCCGCAGUUCUGCCCCUGGCCUAUAAAAACUUCACUCCAGCCACAGGUUCCUCAGUUUCAUCAAGAACUCCACCAGACCGCCAUCAUGAAGUACGUGGCUCUUGCUCUUGCUCUCCUUCUUGCCAUUGGUUGCCAGGCUGCCUCCCUGCAGGCCGAUGCUCCCUCUCAGCUGGAGCACGCCCGUGGCCUCAUGAGGAUGUACCUGGACCAAGUCAAGAACAGCCUGGACAACAUUGCCUCAAAGGUCGACGAUGAGCAGAUGAAGGCUGCUAUCCUCAACCACGCUCAGUCCGCCCACGAGCAAAUCGUCCAGCUCCAGGCCCAGGUCGCCCCCAUCACCGACAGCGCCGUGGCAACCCUGAGCGACGCCACCGCCGACCUGCGCGCCUCCAUCUCCACUGACAUCGAAACUCUGAAGAAGGAGCUGGAGCCUCUGCGCACUGAGCUGCACGCAGUGGUCAACAAGCACAUCGAAGAAUACAGGGCCCUGCUGCAGCCCAUCAUGGAGGAGCAACGCGCCAAACAGGAGGCCGAGAUGGCAGCCUGGAAGGCCAAACUCGAGCCCGUGAUGGAGGAGCUGCGUGCCAAAAUCAGCGUCAACGUGGAAGAGACCAAGAGCAAACUGUUGCCGAUCAUCGAGAAGGUCCGCGAGAAGAUCACCGAGAGAGUGGAGUCCGUGAAGGCCAUGGUGGACCCCUACGUGCAGGAAUACAAGGAGCAGAUGAAGCAGGCCUACACCCAGGUGGGAAGCUUGAGGGAGACCAACUUCGAAGAGGUGAAGCAGAAGCUGGCGCCACACGUGGAAUCUGUCAAGACCAGCUUUGAGAGUCUCGUCAACGAAGUCAAAAACAUGAUGGGCCAGUAAACCGUCUGCCUAAAAAAAAACAAAAAACCUUCCCCCAAAACAUCACCUGACCUGACUAUCCCGUGCACAACACCAACGAAAGCCUGACGGAGGCACUCCCCAACAAACACGCAAAAUGGUGGGACUCUUGCUUUUUCACUGUCUGAUACACAAACAAACCACACAUACAAACGCUACAAACGCUACAAACGCUAUGAAUGUAUGCUGUAAAAACACCUCCCUCUGUGGAGAAGGUUGUAUGUGAAUAAAACAACUGGAAAACUAA